AUGACUUCGCACCCAUCACCAAUCCCUCCCAAAUCAGAAGAGCUACCAUCAAGUGGACAUGUUACUACUUCCAAUCCACUGCGUACAGCCAGAUCCCUCGUCCUCCUUCAACUCCUCUCCCGACUCCUGACCUUUACUCUCAAUCAGGUAUUACUCCGAUUAGCUUCUCCAGCAGUAUUCGGUACAGCUGCUAUCCAGUUCGACCUGAUUUGCUCAACAAUCCUCUUCUUAUCCCGGGAGGGUAUUCGAAAUGCUCUCUUACGGACAAAAUCAAAACCACCCGGUGAUGUUGUUCAAAAAGAUGAAAGACAAGUCAAAACUUUAUCGAUGAUACCUUUCCAGCUGGGUUUAGUCAUUUCAGUGAUAGUAGGAUUGAUAUAUAUCCACAGCUCUGAUUCAACUACAACAUCCCAGUCAGAUUUUUACCCUUCUUUGGGGAUGUACAUCCUUGGUUCGUUGAUGGAACUUUCUAUAGAACCUGUAUACAUAGCGAUUCAUAGAUCAAACCCGCCAAGAUUGGGUGUGAGACUCAGAGCAGAAGGAGGUAUGGCAAUUCUCAGAUCAGUCGUAACUGUUAUAAGUCUGUUGGCACUAGGAGACAAGAAUGCUCUGCUCUCAUUUGCUCUGGGUCAAGUGGCCGGGGCAGGCUGGUUGGUAGUGAUUUAUCUGAAGGAAGUUAAGUGGGAUGUUAAGAGUCUGUUCUGGACGGGCAAAGUAGAAGACGAAGAUCGAUUCAACCCGCACACGGUGUCUUUGGCACUUGCAAAUACUGGACAAAGCUUUGUCAAGCACUUGCUUACAGAAGCUGAUAGGAUAGCAGUAGCUAGGAUAUGCCCUUUAGAUGGUCAAGGAGGUUAUGCGGUAGCUAUGAACUAUGGUUCGUUGAUCGCUCGGAUCAUUUUUCAACCGCUCGAAGAAUCCCUCUUACUGCACUACUCCUCUUCUUCACCAACUUCAUCUCAUACCAUAUCCCUCUACACCUUGACCAUCAGACUAUCGCUCUACCUCACAACCAUAAUCUUAUCAUUCGUUCAGCCAUUAUACCCGUCCUUAUCGGUCAUCCUCUUACCUAGACAAUAUCAAUCUACUAGCGCACCAUCGAUCUUACAUCUUUACCUGAUCAGUUAUAUCCCCCUCAUGAGUCUCAAUGGAAUCACAGAGACGUUCGUCACUUCUUCUGCCACUCCCAAACAAAUUAGAGAACAGUCAAAAUGGAUGAUAGCCAGUUCGUCAGUGUUCGCCUUGACUCUGUUUGGUAUGACCAGCACGGAUACCAGUACCAGUACCAUCUUCAACAAGUGGAGUUGGAACGUUGAACCGACAAGAGAGGAAUCAUUAAUCCUAGCAUCAUGUUCAGCUAUGUUAGUUAGAAUAGUGUUCUCACUCUUACAUGCCAAGAAGACAUUCUGGUCCAAAUUCGGAGUAAAGGAUGUACUGCCUGAUCUCAGAAUUAUUAUUUGGAACUGCUCGGUAUGGCUUCUGUUGGAUAAAUUGGCAAAGACUGGUAGUUGGAAAGUGAAUUGGAAAGGAUGGAUUGAAUUGAUUGGUGCAGGUGGGGUUUUGGGUCUGGUCACCUUGGGUUUUAUAUUUCUGGUCGAAAGAGGUAGAUUGCAUGAUCUCAGGAGUAGUAGUAAAGGUAAAAAGGUAGAGUAG